AUGUUUUCUUUAUGCCAGGCAACUGUCAAGGUUGAUAAGGUCCUUCGGUUUAAAUCAAGUUUUUGGCAUCGACAUCAAAUGAUAUUUCGUCUCUCUUAUUCUAUCUAUCUAUCUCAUUCUGAUCAGGUCUCUCUUAUUCUAUCUAUCUAUCUAUCUCAUUCUGAUCAGGUCUCUCUUAUUCUAUCUAUCUAUCUAUCUAUCUAUCUAUCUAUCUAUCUCUUUCUGAUCAGGUCUCUAUUAUAUCUAUCUAUCUAUCUAUCUAUCUAUCUAUCUAUCUAUCUAUCUAUCUAUCUCAUUCUGAUCAGGUCUCUCUCUUAUUCUAUCUAUCUAUCUAUCUAUCUAUCUAUCUAUCUAUCUAUCUAUCUCUUUCUGAUCAGGUCUCUCUUAUUCUAUCUAUCUAUCUAUCUCUUUCUGAUCAGGUCUCUCUUAUUCUAUCUAUCUAUCUAUCUAUCUAUCUAUCUAUCUAUCUAUCUAUCUAUCUAUCUAUCUCUUUCUGAUCAGGUCUCUCUUAUUCUAUCUAUCUAUCUAUCUAUCUAUCUAUCUAUCUAUCUCUUUCUGAUCAGGUCUCUCUUAUUCUAUCUAUCUAUCUAUCUAUCUAUCUAUCUAUCUAUUUCUGAUCAGGUCUCUCUUAUUCUAUCUAUCUAUCUAUCUAUCUAUCUCAUUCUGAUGAGGUCUCUCUUAUUCUAUCUAUCUAUCUAUCUCAUUCUGAUCAGGUCUCUCUUAUUCUAUCUAUCUAUCUAUCUAUCUAUCUAUCUAUCUAUCUAUCUAUCUAUCUCAGUGGGAAUCUAA